AUGGCGACUACCCCCCCUGGCGGCACGGGAAAUGGCGAUGACCCGGAGAACAGCAAUAUCACGCCCGAAAUAGAGGCCGCUGCGUUGAAUCUCUUGAAUCUGCAAGCCCACAUGUCAGGCGAGCAACCUAGCUCUUCGGAUUCGAGCGCAUCAAACACUCAACGGGCCACUCCUGCCGGGGAUGGUGGUGGCGAGCCUCAUGGGGCUUCCGAAGCGCAACGCACGCAAGCGUUUCGGUGGCUUCUCGGCGGAUCAGACACCAGUGGCGAAAGCAGUGCAGCCAGCAAUGCCGGCAGCGGCAACGAUGCGGCGGAUGGCACCCCAAACGAAGAAGCUGCGCAGCCGCUCCCUUCAGAGGGCGCUCCAGAAGGCGGCAUGGAUGUCCCUGAAGAUGAAGGCCCUGACGAUGGCGUUCCUGAAGACGGCGAUUCUGGAGACGGCAGCUCUGAAGGCAGCAUUUCUGCAGGCACCCUCGAUUUUGCAAGCAGCCCGCGAAUCAAGCAGGAACAGUCCCCUUCGCCUGACAUCCUCAGCGAGGCCUCAAGCAGCAGCCGGUCGCGAAAGAGGCGCAGGGAUACGAGCAACGAAAGCGAAGACUCUGAGGAGCGCAAGCGAGCCAAGAAGCGCGACGAGAAGCGUGACAAGAAGGAGAGGAAGCGGCAGAAGAAGAAGGAAAAGCGUGAGAAGAGGCGUGAGAAGAAGCGCCAGAAGAAGCGCGAAAGGGCUACGCGGCGCAACAUCCUGCUUGGCCUGCAGAUAUCGACAACGUCGGCCCAGAGCGGUUCCAGCACCAGCGCGUCGGCUCAUCCUCACGAAGCCACCGCCAUCGUCAACGGCCUCCCGACGCCUACCACACCCUCCGACCCCGACUGGGAUGCACCCUCUACCGACGGUGUGAGUACUUCAAGGCUUCACGCGCCUUAUCCAUGGAUACCCGAUCCGCUGUGCGAUACAGCCAUCGAGGGCGUUGACGACACCAAUGACCGAGCGGAGCUUCAGCUUUGGAUGGAGUGGAAGGCCUAUGAUGCAGAAGAGCGAGCCACAGACGCAACUUUGAGGUCUCUCCGUCGGCGGCGGGCGGAGGAGGAGGCGGCACGCGCGGCCGAAGCGCAACGGCAGCGCGAAGAAGAGGUCGCGAGGCUGGCCAGAGAAGCGGCAUACAACCGCAGCUUGAUGAGGCUGCCCCCCGAAAUACGCCUCCGCAUCUGGCGCCUCCUCUUCGUGUCCGCGAAGCCCAUCCUCGUCUACCGCAACUGGACCAUGACAUACCGGCGCAAGCCCGAGCGCCGCAGCAAUCGCAUCACGGAACGAGGCAACGGCGCCGGCAACGGCAGAACCGCGCCAGACCAGACCUCCGACCUCUACGGCAUCGCCAUCCUGCGCACCUGCAGCGCCCUGUUCGUCGAAGGCGUCGCAGUGCUCUACGGCGAAAACACAUUCUGCUACCGCCUGCGCGACUCGCGCCCGUCCCUCGUCGACCUCGACCGCCUCUUGCUGCCCAACGCCGUCGACGACCUCGAUAUGGACGACGACGCCUUUCCCAUGCACAUGGACGUCGACGACGAGAACAGCGACGAUGGCGACGCAGAGUUCAUCUACCACGGCGGGAGGGGGGCGGCGGCCGCGGCCGCGCGAGGGGAAGAGGCACACAUCAACGUCGAGAAGUACUACUACUUCUUCCGCAGCCUGGCGAUCGAGGCGGAGCCGAACCGGUACUCGGACAGCACCAUGGCGGCCAUGGCGGAGGCCAUCAACGUGUUUGCGCCGCGUGACGGCCGUCCGCGGCCGAAUAUCAACAGGCUGGUGCUGCGCGUCACGCCCCUGCGGGAGAUGCCGCCCGACGAGGACGGAGACGGCAACGACGACGGUAACGACGCGGACUUGGACGACGACAACGGCCAGGGCGAUGAGGGCAGUGAUAAUGAAGACGGCAGUAACGACAGCGACGACAGCGACGCCGACGACGGCGACAACGGCGGCACCAGCUUCGACAACGAGCGCCACUACACCUUUGUAUCCUUCUUCAAGCCCGCCUCGCCCGUCAUGGAAGCCGUCCACAACCUGCGCUGCAACGUCCUCCGCAUCGACCUCAUGUGUCCCCACCGCGCCGCCGCCUCCGCCGCAACCGCCGCCCACGGGGUAAGAGCGUGGCAGCCCGGCCGCAGCUUCACCAUCGACCGCUCCGUGGAGAUGGUCCUGCGGGGGCUGCGCGAGGACCCGCGCCGCCGCGACCCCUGGGCGCGCGACCGAUGCAUGCUGCUGACGCGCCGGGAGCGCACCCGGCACGUCUGGCGCAUGAUGGACGAGGUGUGGCUGCACGUCGCGCGGUUCUGCAGGAGGCACGUCAGGCGCACGACGGCAGGCGGGGAUUGGGGCUUUGGCGAGGAGUGGACGGAGCUGCCGGAGGACGUGGAUGCAACGGGAUUCUAG